AAUCAUUGGGAUGGAAUCUGGCUCAGCUUCAGAAGCUUCGCAAACUAGCUUUUCACCACACCACGUGCGAGGAUCAAACAUGGACCUCAAAGUCUUGGCCCAAACAACUCACAACCCUUGAACUGGUCUGUUGUACUGGGAUGACGCCUCACAUGGCACACAAUUUGAUCAGCGGUAACAACCCGUUUCUUACUAAACUUCACAUCCAGGUCAACGACGGCAGUGGAGAAGCUGUGAACGUUCGCUUUGAUCUCCCGUCUCUUAAACACCUCCGUGUGGAUCACUAUGAAGCCCUUGAUCUACUUGUAAGCUUUGAAAACUGUAAAAGUAUAGAAGUCCUCAAAUAUAAUGGUGAUAUUUAUGAACCUCAAUGGGACUCAAUGAAAAACCUCAUAUCUCAACAUACUUGGCCUAAGCUAUCUGUUUUGGAUUUUUUUUACUCAACCUUUCUUGAUGGCUAUUUACACCCAAUAACUGCGGAAGAAACGGAAGAACGAUUCAAAGCGUUCAACAUUGAAGUGCUGUGGCAACAUCGUCAAAAGUGAUAUCUAUGUAGCUGGAACCACAAAUUUGUGCCAAGAAACAUGACGGGUGGACAUCUUUUGUUCAAGAUCCUUCUAUUUGUCAACGAUCUACUUUGUCUUAAUGGCAAGAUAUGUUAUAUUCUCGAGGUAGAUGAAUGGCUCUGGCUGAGAUUGUUCACAGCUUCAAUCAGUUGCAAUGCAUUUCUUUUUCUUGCUGAU